ACGACAUCAAAGCGCGACCGACGAGCGGUGAACAAGCGCUACAUUUGGCCGACUGAGCGAAGCGGCUUCAAUCGACCUCCUCGCGUGCUUUCGGUGUGAGCCGGACGCUCUGCUUCGGUUUCUUAUCGCCUCGAACACCCGCGAACAUGUUUUUGCGUUAUUCUCUGCUGUUGUGCGGGAGAGGAUUCGCAAAACGAUGCACGUCCUCUCUGGCUGGUGAAAACGUUCUUCCGCCCAACUUGCUCCUGCCCGCCAACCUGCGAGAUGCGCCGAGAACCAGGCGCCCUACUCCCCCGCCUGAUUGCCCGCUGCCCGUCCUGCGUUUUUGCACCGCCGAAAUUCCCGCCCACCGAAGCGCCGUGCGGCUAUGGGUGGACGCUCUGGAGGGUCCGGGCGGUGACCCGCUGGGCCUGGCCGAACUGCAUCCUGACGUCUUUGCCGUCCCCCCGAGACUGGACGUCCUGCACAGCGUGGAAUUGUGGCAGAGGAACUACAAACGCAUCAGUCACGCCAACACCAAGGUGAGGUCGGAGGUACGGGGCGGCGGUCGCAAACCGUGGAAGCAGAAGGGCGGGGGCCGCGCUCGCCACGGCAGCAUACGCUCGCCCCUUUGGAGGGGAGGGGGCGUGUCCCACGGCCCCAGGGGCCCCACCAGUUACUACUACAUGCUGCCCAUGAAGGUGCGCGUCCUGGGGCUCAAGGUGGCCCUGAGCUCCAAGGUGGCCCAGGGUUCUCUUCAUGUCGUGGAGUCCCUCGACAUCCCGAGUCCGGACUCGCAGGACCUGCUUGAUGACCUCAGACUCAAAGACUGGGAGGAGUCGCUGCUCAUUGUCGACGUAGGGGACAACUUUGGCAACAACAUCCUGAAGGCCACGGCCCCCCUCAAGACCGUCAACCUCAUUCCAGCCAUAGGUCUGAACGUGCACAGCCUUCUGAAGCACCAAGGGUUGGUGCUCACGCUGGAGACGCUGCGCUUCCUGGAAGACAAGCUGCUGUGGCACGACCGGCGCUACACGCCACUCUACCCGUUUAAAUUGCCCUACGCCGACUUCCCCUGAAUCUCCUCCUGCGUUAUGAGUGCGUUUGUUGUCUGGGUUGAAUAAGAAGUAACAGCGAUGAUAGAAAGUAUUGUUUAUUUUUGGUGGGGGUAAACCAAGCUCAACACACAUCAGAAAAUCUAAAAGUCAUGUGGAAACUUGUUCCUUCUGUUCCCGCUUGUCACUUUUGUACUUGUUCCGGUUUUUGCUCAUCCGAGAGCCUGGUCAGGUCUGGUCGACCUUUGGCCACUGAAAAGGCAAGCUGAUGGAUGUUAAAUCUCCUACUUUGUCACCUUCAUGCUUGUUACUGCCAGCUGUCAUGUCAACAAAGACAAGAGAUGUCAAAAAGGCCCUGAAUUGAGGACCUCGUGAAAUGCAACGCUUUUUCCAACGUCGUCUUGUUCCCGCGUGUCACAAGAAAAAGCGAAAAGACCCGAGGAGGGCCUAAAAUGGACGUUCGGAAGGCCCGAUGACAUUGGGGGGCGGGGCGCCAUGUCUCAGCUCUCGCCCCGGCUCUGCGACGAGUUACUCGUCCAUUAAAAAAAGGAAAAA